AUGCCCCAGCAGCCCGAAGCAAAGUUUCUCAAAGACCUGACCGAAGUCCCUGCCGGCUGGCCCUUGGCGACCGUCAUCGACGCCUUCGCCUACUUGGCUGUUUUGCGAGCCAGUUAUGCUCCUCCGGAUCGAGCUCGCGAGGCGGUGAGCUGUCGGCUCUUGGAGCUCUGGGCCUCGCAGCCGGCGGAGGCCGAGGCCUGGCUCGAGCGCUUCGGAGAGCUGAAAACGGCGACGAGGGCGGAGCGCCUCUGCGAGGCGCUGCUCCGGCACGGGGCGGCCGAGCACGGGAAGUACGAAUACGACUGCUGGUGCUUCUCCCAGGCGGAGCUCCUUCGAUGCGCCCUCCGCCCAGCAGCGGACCGGGAGCGGGUUGCGGCUUGGUACCUGCAACAGCCCCGCACCCGCGAUCGCUGCCGGCAGCUCGCGGAGCGCCUCGUCGAGGCGGAGAGCUCGGAGACGGCGCGGAAGCGGCAGAAGCUCGAGGAGGAGACUGCCCAGCGCCGCCGCCUCGAAGCCGAGCUCCAGCAGUCGAAGGAGGAGAGCCGAGAGCUCAGCAGUCGCCUGGCUGCGGCGGAGGCGGAGGUGUCCAGCAAGACCGCGGAGCUGCAAACUGCACAGAGCGAGCUCGAACACCGCGCGACAAGUGCGGAGUCAGUCGUGGCGGAGAUGCGGAAGGAGCUCCAGCAGCUGCAGGGUGAGCAUGGCAGGGGCCAGGAACGUUGCGAGGAUCUUGCGAAUCGUUUGAAGGCGGCAGUGGCUGAGCAUGCCGAGGCCAAGGAGCGGUUGGUGCACGACACCAGUGAAAAGCAGCUGGAAUUGCGGCAACAGCAGCAACAGCAGCAGCAAGCCGAUAGCUGCAGCUACGACGGGAGCAAGGCUGAGCUGCAGAUCCAGAACGCAGUGCUGCAGGAGAGGUGUGAGCAGCUCAGGCAGCAGCUUGCCAAGGCAGAGUCGAAGCUGGACCUUCUGCAAGAUCUGCGAGAAGAGAUGCGGGAAGAGAUUGGCAUGUACAAGGAGCGCCUUCGUGGGCAACGCACAGUUGUUGAGAGCAAGACAAAGAGCCAUCGUUUGGGGGGUGGCAUCUCAGGUCAUCCUUCCGUGAACCAUCCCGCCCCGGCUUCCAGAAACGCAGUCUUCGGUGAUCAGGAGUCAGAUCUUGCUGAGCAGUUGGGGUAUAGCCUUGUAGAUGAAGAUGGCGCCUCCGUCCUGAGUAGGUCUUCCUGCUGCUCCGUGAAGCAGAACUGCUUGAUGCUGGAUGCCAUCUUCAAGAGCCGCAUGGACUUCUUCCGGGAGGGGAGGGACCUCCAGAAAGGUUCCCAAGUCCUGGCUGGCGAUGGCAAGACUGUUUUGGAAGUGGUCGAGAUCUCGAAGGAAGGGCAGGCUACUGAAGUGGUCGAUCUGCAGGCGGGCCUUGCAACACUGCGGGUGACCCUGGACCAUCCUGUGCAGAUUCCCGAUGAAAGUGGUGAGCCGGGCCGCCACGUCUACAUGCCCGCGGGGAAGCUGAAGCCGGGCGACUUCGUGAUGCUCGACUCGGGGGAGCCGGUUGCACUCACCAGCGCAGAGACUCAGCCCGCGGAGUGCAAGGUGCUGAAGAUCGUCUUCAAGCCGGACUUGCCUGUAGCCGUCUUCUCCAGCCCAUCUUGCAUCCUGAGCAAGGGGCACAAGAAGAAAUCGCAGGUGCGUCGCAGUGGCAUGGGCAUGAGGGGCAAGGACUCGAUCGAUCCCAUGGAUGGCGGCGCCUCGAUUCCGGACACUGCGGCCGGGGAGUACAUGGACUGA